GUCGUGUGCCUGCAUUGGUGUCCGCUUGUAUCACACUCUUUCGUUUUCUCCCUUCUUUUCUUGCUUGGGAGACACACGCAUAGUGCUCCCAAUUGACUUGUGAUGGCGCCCAAAUACAGAGAUGGCGACACAGUCGCGUCUUUCAAUGGAAAAUGGGUAUCAUACACACAUACAGCUAUGGCCUAUGCGGCCUUCGUCGGUGCUCUGAUCGUUGGAAUGUGGCUCCACUACCACAAGAUCGUCCAGAAUGAGAUUGCAGGCUACCCAGAGGAGUGGUUUCCUUCUGUCUCUGCCACCAUUGGUGACCGCUAUCCGGAGCGAUCCGUCUUCAUGCUCUUCAUUGCCCUCACAUCUGGCCCUCGAUUCGCACUGGUUGGCCUCUGGUACAUUCUGACCCGCCGACCUAACUCGACCCUCCCCAAAUUCGUCGCCGGCAUUGGCAUCUUCCGAACAUUGACCUGUGGAGGAUGGACAUACGUUACAUCGACUGACGACCAUGACUGGCACGACAUAUUCAUGAUCUCAUACUUGGUCGCUACUCUGCCCUGGACCCUUGGCUGCUUCGCCUUGAGCCCUCGCAACCCCACCGCGAUCAAGUACAGGAAGCUCUUUGCUGGGUCCUUCUUUGCGACACUUGUACCGCUGAUCUACUUCUUCAUCCAGCACAAGGUGCACCGCAUUCCUGGAGCGUACACCAUCUACGCCUUCUUCGAAUGGUCACUCGUUCUGCUCGAUGUAGCAUUCGACGCAGUCACAAUGAUCGAGUUUGCGAACUUUGAGAUUGUUGUGAAGGAUGUCCGAGGUGUAUCUCGAGGUGCUGGCAACAAAGCCGUCUCUGACGCUGUCCUCGAGAAAGAGAAGGAUAAGGAGAUUGGUACAGUCUUCUCUGGAGCUUUCUCCUGGGUUGGCUUCUUCGACGCAGCUGCUGAUGUCUACACUGGAUUUGUCUUCUGGUCCAUGCUGACCGCUCUUGGAGUGUGUGUCUGGUACUUCCCUCUCUGGCACAUGGGCAUCUCUGGCUACGAAGUCAUGGUCAUGUGCACCGUUUCUCCUUUCCUGCUCUGCGUACGACCGCUACGCUUCCUCAUCGUUCGCCACGUCCGCAUCUGUCACCUGUUGUCGCUCUCUGGUCUACUCUCCUUCCUUGCCAAGUCGCCUGAGAACCGUCUCUUCUCUGCUGGAUUUGGUGUAUGGAUGGCAUGCUUGUCUUGGGCUGCCACUUUCUAUGGAGAGAGGUCGCAGCCUCAUCGCUUGGAGGCGCGCAUCUCAGCGUUCUCCCUUGGUCUGAUCGCGUCCAGCAUUGCCAAGUUUGCCUUCUAUACGAACAACCCCAUCUGGCCGAUUAUGCACGAGGCAAAUGGUGGCUGGAACAAGACUGGUCUUGCCGUUGCUGUCAUUGCCAUCCUGCGGUCUACAAGGUCUACUGCCAGCUCUGGCGCCGACAUCCCGGCUCCUGGACCUACCAAGGGUUCCUCUACACUGUCUGCUUUCGGUAUCGCUGGCCUCUUCUUUUCUAUGCACUCCUUGUUGUCUGACUCCAGCACCAUGAUCUCAUGGGUGUGGGAAGGCUACCCCGUCCGAGGCCCGCUCGCCGUACCUCACGGUGCAGUCACUCUACUUGCUAUGGGUUUCGGCCUCUUGGUUGGUCUAUUCGCACCGAAUCUUUCGCGCUCAUGGGCCUUCUACGGUGUGGGUUCCAUUGGCGCUGCUGUUCUUACCACUUCCAAGCACUGGACCGGAUACUACGGAGCACUGGUCGUGGCCGUCUACACUAUGGCUGUCGCUCCGGCUCUCAUUUCUCAAGCUGCUCGCCAUUCCCCAGCUAAGACCUUCGGCCUUGGCUUCCUGGUCUAUAACUUCAUGGUCCUGUUCCACGUUUGGGUUGUCGCCUACGCUUUCGUCCCUGGUGGUCCCCUCGUCCGCGAACACACCGACUGGGUCAUGACUACCAUGAUGCUUCUUAUUGGUGCAGGCGUCUUCAGCGUCUCUGCUCAGCCACCCGCUCUGAAGAGCUACAAGGGCAAGCUCACUGUCACCGCUGCCGCCAGCCGACAGCGCUCGUACUAUUUGUAUGUCCUCGGCUUCCUCGAGCUCCUCGCCAUCGCAACCGCCUACCUCCGCUUCCCAUCCUACGACUACACACCCUACCACCCCGAGACCAAGUCCAUCACAGCCGGUAUCUGGACAAUCCACUUCUCUCUCGACAACGACAUGUGGUCCUCAGAAUACCGCAUGCGCGACCUAAUCAAAGAACUCGAAGUCGACGUAAUUGGCCUUCUCGAAUCCGACCUCCAGCGCAUCAUCAUGGGCAACCGCGACACCACCCAAUUCCUCGCCGAAGACCUCGGCAUGUACGUCGACUUUGGCCCCGGCCCUAACAAGCACACCUGGGGCUCAGCCCUGCUCUCCAAGUUCCCCAUCGUGAACUCAACACAUCACCUCCUGCCCUCUCCCGUCGGUGAACUGGCGCCCGCUAUCGAAGCCACAAUUGACGCGUACGGCAUACUUGUGGAUGUCUUCGUGUUCCACUCUGGUCAGGAAGAGGACCCUGAGGAUCGCAGACUGCAGAGCGAGUACCUCGCCGAGCGCAUGAAAGCCACGCCUCGCCCGGCGAUUCUGCUGUCGUACCUUGUCAUCAAGCCCGGCAAGGGCAAUUACAAUACUUAUGUUGGUGAGAAGAGCGGUAUGAAGGAUAUUGAUCCUAGUGAUUGGGAUAGGUGGUGCGAGUACAUUCUGUACAAGGGGUUGAAGCGCACGGGAUAUGCGAGGGUGUCGAGACAUACUAUCACGGAUACGGAACUCCAGGUCGGCAAGUUCGUCGUCGACCAGCCCGAAAACGGAAACGACCUUAUAUCCGAGGACCAGGUUGCGCCUGGCUUGCGCUUCCCAGAUCUAUUCAAGGGCGAGGGCGUCAGAGGACACAAAUACCAUGUCUUCAACGAGCCGAGGUACUACGCUUAGACUCUGACAGAGACUUUGAUAUCUUGUAACAGAUCGAUGGGUGAGGGGACACGAUACGUAGUAUACUGUAAUAUAUGCAAGGG